AUGGCUGAGCUAAGAUCACGCAAGGGCUGCGCCAACUGUAAGAAACAGCGCCGCAAAUGCUCCGAGGAACGCCCCCGCUGCAAGGGCUGCGUCAGGCGAGGGGUAUCGUGCGAGUAUCCUAUGCGUUUGUCGACUAACAACCGGCCACGGAAACGUACUACACGGCGGCAACCCAGCGUGUCGGCCGUCACAUCUUCUAGCAGCUUGACCAGCGACAUAUGGCCCGCGGCGAUAGGCAGUCAUGGCGCGUCCGCGGUGGCGUCACAGUACCAAUCUGCCCGAGACGAUCCUGUUGACCUGCAACAAACCUUUGUGCGCGGCCAGGAUCUUCCAUCCGAGGGUGGUUCCCUGAAACAGGGAGCUGAAUGUAUACCAUGUGCGACAGGUCCUGAGAAUGGGACCGACGACGAUAAUGAAGACAACAACCGCCAUUACAACAAUAAGACUGCGAGUCCGGGAUACGGCGCCGACGAGAUUGCAGAGCAACGGAGCCCGAGAUGGCGGUCCUUACUCAUAGCGAACUUCCCGUACAGCAUUGAUAAUGAUCACGACGUUAUCACCCCGGAUGAAACCAUCCUCGAAAAUCAUGGCUGGAUGCUGGAAGACUGGUCUUUCGAGAGAGUGAACCCCGAAUCCUUCAACUCUCUCGGCGAACGCAUUGCUUUCACUUAUUGGGUCAACUCUCUCUCCAGCCGAAUGACGGCACGCGACUCUGACUCUAAUCCGUACCGGAGAUUAGCUUUGCUUGCAGGGUCGUCGCCUGUGCUUUUACACACUCUGAUUGCUCUCGCUACCGAAUACAUGUACCUACAUAACCGUGUAGCUCCGGAGGUGGUCAUCAAGAGACACCAAAAGGCUAUGAGGCUGCUUCGUGAGGCUUUGGAGCCAUCGCAGUCCGCCAUGGUCGCUCAGACCGCGGCAGGCCUGAAUCAAGACGAGUCUGUGCUCGCCGCUGUACUAAUGCAAGUAACAAAUGCCGUCUUUACCGGAGGGCCUGGAGUCGAGGCUCACUUGCGAUCGGCUAGAUACUUCAUGGAGCGGCAGGGUUAUUUUGAAAGACCCCAGGACGAGUUCUUCCCCCGGAUGAUGGUCCAGAGAUUCGCCGUACUCGAUGUGACAAUUGCACUUCUCCGCCACCGUCGUCCAUAUUCGCCGCCCAACUUGUGGUUCUUCAGCGCGAAUGACCACUACGACCAGACAUGUCCGUCGUUCUGCGACAUGACAGGCUGUGCACAGCCCGUUCUGGUAUUUCUGACCAGGAUAGCCUUUCUCGCGGCCGAUUUAGACGAGGAAGGCAUUGAUGAAGCCGACGCCCUCGACGAAGGUCUAAUGUUGGAAAUGGAGAUGCGAAAUUACGCCCAUUCGAAUGGCCAAGCUUGCGAGAACCGGCCUGAGUCACAUCUUGACACUCUCAGUCAAUGUUUCUAUUGGGCUGCCCACCUCAUCUUGCAACGGGCGGUGUUUCGCGAUUCGCCGUACUCUCGUCGUGUCCAGCACACACUGUCGAUUUUAACCAAUCUCAUCAAGUCUAUGCCGCUCGGCUGCGGGCCCGACACGUCUCUGUCAUUCCCUUUUUACAUAACAGCCAGAGAGUAUAUCUCUGAAGAGCAACGGGAAUGGGCGAGAAAGCGCAAUCAGGAUAUAAAACGGAUUUACCCAGGGCAUUGUCGCACAACUCUGAUGGCACUCUUGGAAGAAAUUUGGGCGGCAAUGGACGAUUACUCCAGGACAACAUCAUCCCAGGCUUCCACCCUGGACGAGAUCACCUCAGCGUUGGAACGAACUCGUGACUUUUGUAUCAUCUAG